AUGGCCGAAGUCGGCGAGGACAGCGGGGCCCGCGCCCUGCUGGCGCUGCGCUCGGCGCCCUGCAGCCCCGUGCUGUGCGCCGCCGCCGCCGCCGCCGCCUUCCCCGCCGCCGCGGCCCCCGCCGCCGCCGCCGCCCCGGGGCCCGCCGCCCCGUCGCCGCCGCCGCCCGCCCAGCCCCCGCCGCCGCCGCCGCCGCCGCCGCCGCCGCCGGGCGCGAUCGCGGGGGGUGCGGGGGACCCGGGCGCGGCGGGCGAGGCCUUGGUGGCCGCCGCGGCCGACUCGGUGCGCCGGAGCCCCGGGCCCGUGCUGGCGCGCCUCGAGGGCCGCGAGUUCGAGUUCCUCAUGCGGCAGCCCAGCGUCACCAUCGGCCGCAACUCGUCGCAGGGCUCGGUGGACCUGAGCAUGGGCCUGUCGAGCUUCAUCUCGCGGCGCCACCUGCAGCUCACCUUCCAGGAGCCCUGCUUCUACCUGCGCUGCCUCGGCAAGAACGGCGUCUUCGUGGACGGGGCCUUCCAGCGGCGCGGCGCGCCCGCCCUGCAGCUGCCCAAACAGUGCACCCUCCGCUUCCCCAGCACGGCCAUCAAGAUCCAGUUCACGGCACUCUACCACCAGGAGGAGGCUCCGGCCUCGCCGCUGCGGCCGCUCUACCCCCAGAUCUCCCCUCUGCGGAUCCACAUCCCGGAGCCGGACCUCCGGAGCCUGGUCAGCCCUGUCCCCUCCCCGACCGGGACCAUCAGUGUUCCCAACUCCUGCCCGGCCAGUCCACGUGGAGCCGGGUCCUCCGGCUACCGAUUCGUCCAGAACGUGACUUCGGACCUGCAGCUGGCCGCGGAGUUCGCCGCGAAGGCCGCCUCGGAGCAGCAGGCAGACGCUUCUGGAGGAGACAGCCCCAAGGACGAGUCGAAGCCGCCCUACUCGUACGCCCAGCUGAUCGUGCAAGCCGUCUCCUCCGCGCAGGACAGGCAGCUGACGCUGAGCGGGAUCUACGCCCACAUCACCAAGCACUACCCCUACUACCGGACGGCUGACAAGGGCUGGCAGAAUUCUAUUCGACACAACCUCUCCUUGAACCGUUACUUCAUCAAAGUCCCGCGUUCCCAGGAGGAGCCUGGGAAGGGGUCUUUCUGGCGGAUAGACCCAGCCUCAGAAGCCAAGCUCGUGGAGCAGGCCUUCCGGAAGCGGAGGCAGAGGGGCGUCUCCUGCUUCCGCACCCCCUUUGGGCCGCUGUCGUCCAGGAGCGCUCCAGCUUCACCCACCCACCCUGGGCUGAUGUCCCCUCGUUCUAGUGGCCUGCAGACUCCAGAGUGCCUGUCUCGGGAGGGCUCCCCCAUUCCACAUGACCCUGACUUUGGGUCAAAGUUAGCUUCGGUUCCAGAGUAUCGGUAUUCCCAGAGUGCACCCGGCUCUCCUGUCAGCGCCCAGCCCGUGAUCAUGGCCGUGCCUCCCCGGCCUCCCAGUCUAGUGGCCAAGCCCGUGGCCUACAUGCCGGCGUCCAUCGUGACGGCACAGCAGCCCUCGGGCCACGCCAUCCACGUUGUGCAGCAGGCACCGCCUGUCACCAUGCUCAGGGUGGUCACCUCCUCCGCCAGCUCCGCCAACGGGUACAUCCUCGCCAGCCAGGCCGCAGCGGGGGCCGCCCACGAGGCAGCGGGCACAGCCGUGCUGGACCUGGGCAGCGAGGCAAGAGGCCUGGAGGAGAAACCCACCAUUGCGUUCGCCACCAUCCCAGCCGCCAGCCGUGUCAUCCAGACUGUGGCCAGCCAGAUGGCCCCAGGGGUGCCCGGACACACGGUCACCAUCCUGCAGCCGGCCACUCCAGUGAGCAUCGGGCAGCACCACCUCCCGGUGCGGGCCGUCACUCAGAACGGAAAGCACGCGGUCCCCACCAGUAGUUUGGCCGGCAGUGCUUACGCCCUCACGAGCCCCCUGCAGCUGCUUGCGGCCCAGGCCAGCUCCUCGGCUCCAGUGGUCGUCACCCGGGUGUGUGAGGUGGGGGCUGAAGAGCCCGCAGCAGCGGCAGCCACCACCCCAGCCGCCGCCACCACCUCUGCCGCCUCCACCGGGGAGCCCGAAGUCAAACGGUCCCGGUUGGAGGAGCCCAGUGGGACUGUGACCACACAGGCCGGGGUGAUCACGGCUGCCGGCCCCCAGGGGCCCGGGACUGGGGAGUGACGUCGCCGCGUGGAGGUGGAGUGGGGCGCACGCCAAAAGGAAUUGUGGAGCUGGACCACGAUGCCGACACACCCCGGGACCCUGACGAGAAGCCCACGCCGCCGCAGCAGGGUGCCGCAGGGACGGGCGGCCCGCCUGCCUGCUCCUGCACACUCGUCCUCCCUGCCGUCACCUCCUCCCUGCUGUGGUCGAAACAAACAUAAACCUGUUCAGACAGCUGAUUGUAUGGCUCUGGGAAUUCUUUGUGUUCCUCUCCCUGAGGCCAGCUGCCCCCCAGGCCUCUGUCAAGGGCGUGGGGCGGAGGCUGUGGCUCCAUCCGAGUCCCGAGGCCAGCUGCCCCCCAGGCCUCUGUCAAGGGCAUGGGGCGGAGGCUGUGGCUCCAUCCGUGUCCUGAGGAAUGGCCCCAGGCGCAGCCGCCGUGAGCAGGAGCCUUCGCCCCGGGACCGCACGGCAGGCCUCCGAGGGGAAGGACGAGCUGGGCUUCAUUCCUGUUUGUAAUGGAUCAGAACCGGCGUGAGAAAGGCCAGAGCGGUCAGAUUCCCGGCUGUUCGUGACGUCUUCUCCCUAAAGUAGUGACCCAGGAAGUAUCAAAUCGGCAUUAAGUGGGGGGAGGGGAGGGGAGGGCAGGGG